UUUCGUUUCGUGCCGGCCGUUCGGUGCGAGGUGCGAGUCGUUCCGCGUUCCGGCGCCCUGCCUCUUCCUCGAGAACUCACGCCUUGCGACGCGUUCGCCCUUUCCCGAAGGAAUCGAGUCGUACUUCCCGUGAAUCCAGUGUCGCUGCAGUUCGGGGACUGCAUUUCGACUGCUCGUCGAAAGGGAUAUCGUUCCCGGCCUAAGAGAUCGAAAAUUAGCGGCGUGGACGUCCUCGAAGAUGUAACGCGGCCGCGAAGAAAAGAUCGUUUCUUGGUCACCCGGCGAAGAAGGCACGCUCGAAGAUCAGCACGUUUUCUCUUGACGCAGACAUUGAGGCUACAAAGUAGCUACUUCUUGGACGUUCGACGAAAUCGUUGCUUGGGCCAAGAAGGCUCGUCGAGAGAUCCACGCGCUUUUUCACGUCAAGGCAGAAGUGAAGAAGUUACGAAAAAGAAAAGAUCCUGGGUACCCAACGAAGAAGGCACGCCCGGUGAACGGUACCCUCUUCCUCGUCCACGCAGUUUAAAGAGGCCGCAAAGAAGAAGUCGCUUCCGGAACACAAGUCGAAGGAAACGCGCGUCGUCCUUGUUCGUGCAGGCUAAAGGAGUUGGGAUGAAGAGUUACCUCUUGGACAGCUAGAGAAGACGGCACGCCCUUUCGUGUCAACGCGGAUGUGAAAACACCACGGAGAAGAAGAGGUCGCUUCGUGGACCCCCCACCGAAGAAGUCACGCCCAGUGAAUGGUACCCUCUUCCUCGUGCACGCAGGGUAAAUUGGUCGCAAAGAAAAACUCGCUUCUUGAACGCCCAUCGAAGGAGACGUACGUCGUCCUUGUUCGCGCAGGGUAAAGAAGUCGGGAAGGAAAGAUUACUUCGUGGACGCCCAACGAAGAAGCCACGCCUACGAAACGACCCGUUCUUUCUUGUCAACGCGGACGUAAAGAGGCCACGGAGAAGAAGAGGUCUCUUCGUGGACACUCGACGAAUAAGGCACGCCUGGAGAACGGCACGCGCUUCCCCGCCGACGCAGUAACCGCAGCAGCAAAAGAGUGAUUCGCGUCGCGCCACGCCGUUGCGUUAAGGCACGGUCGCGGAGGAAAAUCGCUCUCAUUAUGUAACGCAAUCGAGUCGUGAUAAAUCUCUUCUCUCCCGAACCGAGGCGAACUGGCGAGUAGAUGGUGCUUCUUGAGCGACGGACAUUUUGAUACUCCGAGGAGCAGCCUGGAUUUAUCUCGUUGUUCGUAUAUUCUUCCUGAAUUUUUCGCGGCAAACGAACGAGUAUUCAUCGCAAGAUUCGGUACAGUGUCCGGAAUCAUUCCGCGGAAGUUUUGGACUCGUCGGCUCGAGCAUCUGAAGGAUCCAAAGGACAGAAUUCGUGAACUCCAGCGCGGGUGGUAAAUGAAUUCGGCCCCGUGGGGGCCUCUUUUGGAUAGAUUGCCCCGCAAUAGGCGUGCAGCUGCAGCUGCAGAGGAUUUCCAUCCCGAUAGAAAACCAGGUCUUAACUGUGGAGGGCCUGUCGCCGUGUUGGGAGGGCUUCGCCGAGCGGCGCCGCGCAAAUGCAGCUGCGGCCCCGACCGUAUUUAUGAACUACACUGAGCCGGAUAGAAGGAGGAUGGUCUCCCACGUGAUUCCCGUUU